UAGGUGGCGAAGCGUCAAAUAUGAACGCUGCCAUUUCCCUUUCGCAUUAUUUGUGGAUUUCCAUCCGUUUCCCUCAGAAUUUGUGGAGCCAAUCAUUAUCGAGCUCUUUUUCUUUCCUCUUCAUCAUCGUUCUCGUGAAUUCUCUGUUCGGAGUUACCAGAGGCGAAGGCGACUUCUUAAGAAACCGCAGCGAUUUGAUCGUCGUAGCGGUUCGUCAAAUCGAGUCCAAACAUGAACGAGAAGGCCUCCGUCUCUAAGGAGCUCGAAGCCAAACACGCUAAGAUUUUGGAAGGUCUUCUCAAGCUUCCAGAGAACAGGGAAUGUGCUGACUGCCGGAGCAAGGCUCCCCGAUGGGCAAGUGUAAACCUUGGAGUUUUUAUAUGCCUGCAAUGCUCGGGUAUUCAUAGGAGUCUUGGAGUACAUAUUUCAAAGGUACGGUCUACUACUCUUGAUACAUGGCUACCGGAACAGGUUGCUUUUAUGCAGUCUAUGGGUAAUGAGAGGUCAAAUUAUUACUGGGAAGCGGAACUACCACCAAAUUUUGAUAAGAGGGGGAAUCAAACAUUCAUUCGUGCCAAGUACGAAGAGAAAAGGUGGGUUUCUAAGAACAGAGCAUACCCAACUCCAGAACUAGGUGGAAUGAGUAUUUAUUGUGAUUCGAUUGGAAAUGGACCCAAAAGCUCUGUUCCAAAGAAGAUAAGGAACUACUCUCUUGAGGAAGAGAUUCUCACAAAACAUGCGACUCCCAUAGUUGCAAAAGCACGCGGGAAUUCUUUUGAUAUGAAGGAUCAUACGAUUGCUUCAGCUCCACCAAGAGGUCCUUCAUUAACGAAAGAAAGUGAGACUUCCGCAACAAAUACAAACAGAUCCCUAGAUCUCUUCCAAUGUGUCCAAGAUGCAAACAACGACUGCUCCACUGUAAUUCCAGCUCCUUGGGCGACUUUCGAUUGAGAGCGAAUUCUACACAGUGCCUUGGUGUGAUAAAUUAUCCAUUUGUGGUGUCGACAAGAACUCGGAAAAAGGCGUGAGCACGUGAUCAAUCCCCAGAAGUGCAGAUUGCAUGAAUAUUUUCUUCCCUUUAUACCCUACAUUAACUUGCGUUAUUUUUUCCCUCAUCAUUCUAUGAUUCUGUAACCAUAAAGUUAAAAUAGUGGAUUGAUAGAUUUUUCCUCGUUA